AUGGACGACACACCACAGUCAACAUUCAGCACGCCAAAAAGGAAGCGGGCUGAUGCCGCCGGCGGGGACGUCCCCUCCCAGAUCGACAUACACUUCUCGUUCGACGUCUCGCAGGGCCUGCUCUCGGACGGCGGCGACAGCCCGCGCACAAAGGUCGCCCACAGGUUCCGGGGCUUGGCCCUGGCCGAUAGUGGGGGCGGGGCUGCCGCGGCAGAUGGCCCACUCCUCCACGACACCGAGCCCGACCCGGGCCGCCACACCACCCACGGCGGCGGCGAGCACGAGAUGGAGGUCGACGAGGACGAGUCCAAGAUGCGCAAAAGAUCAAAACUCACCCCGCCUUCAGGACCCUCGGAUGAACCACCCCAGCUGAACCACCACGCCCUCUCCCCCGCCGCCCAGCCCCAGCCCCAGCCCCAGCCCCAGCUUCAACUUUCCGCCAGAAGAGACGAGAUCCCAGAGACACCCGCCACCACAAGGACCGAGCCGCAGGCGGCUGCUGGCCCAGAGACCGUAACGUUUCCACCAGGCGACCGUCACGUCCUGUUCAGACCAAACGUUCCCUGCGCCCAACCCACACCCGAAAGUGCACCACCCCUCGCUGAUGCGCCCGCCAAGGCCCCCUCGAGCAAGCAACCGAAGCAACCUCCGGCUGCCAACAACCGCGCCCUCGAGAGCCUCAAGACCAAAGGCCGCCGGCGGUCCGGCACGCCACCCCUCGUCGCCUCAGCCAGCAAGCUAGCCAGCGCGGACACCCAGCCCGGCGGCGACGCGGCCGCCCAGGUCAUCGACCCCAUCCGGGCGGCGCUCACCUGGCACGAGGACGAGAUCACCGUCUACGACCCGGACGACGAGGACGACGACGGUGUCGGCAUCAACGGCAUCGGGUUUAAGCCGACCCCCGCCAUCGCCUACGCCCGCACCAUGAAGAGGAGGCAGCAGCUGGCCGAGUACAAGAAGCGGGAGGAGAGGGAGGCCAGGGCCCGCCGGAGCUCCAGGCGCCGCGGCAGCCCGGACAGGGCCCCCAAGACGCAGCGCAAGGAGAGCGCGGCGGCCGAGAACGCGAGGAAGGUCCGUUUCACGGACAGUGAGGCUGGCAAGAUGAUUAGCACAUGA